UUUAAUUAUUUUCGUUCAGUAUAAUAUAACUAUUAUACAAUAAACCAUAAACAAUCAUAAAUAAUUUUUCAUUUUAAUUACUCUUUAAAUAAUUAUUCACAUCGCAAAUAUUUGGAAUUUAUCUUACUUAUUCCCGAUAAUCUGUAAUAUAAUCAUGUUUGUUUUAUUCGAAAUAUAAGAUUAUUCGUUUAUAAUAACUUAUAAUGGCUAAUCAUUAUGAUGUUCCCAAUUGGGCCGGUAAACCUCCUGUAGGCUUACACUUGGAUGUAUUAAAAGGAGACAAAUUAAUUCAAAAAUUGAUGUUGGACCAGAAAAAGUGUUAUUUAUUUGGACGCAAUGCACAAAUGAGUGACUUUUGUAUUGAUCAUCAAUCAUGCUCAAGAGUUCAUGCUGCAUUUGUCUAUCACAAACAUUUAAAUAGAGCGUUUUUAGUUGAUCUUGGAUCUACUCAUGGUACAUACAUUGGUAGCAUUAGAAUUGAAGCCGAUAAACCCACUCAAUUACCAAUAAAUAGUCAAUUCCAUUUUGGUGCGUCUACUCGAACAUACAUUAUACGAGAACGUCCUCAGUCUACAUCAGCUUUUGGACCUCGUCCGAUUAUGGACCAGUUAGAGAGAGAAUCUGAUCAUGCAUCUAGUUUAUUAGGACUACCAGAAACUGAUCUUGAGCUUGAUAAUUUGACUGAAUUUAAUACGGCACAAAAUCGACGUAUAUCGAUGCUUGGUAUAUCAGAUGAUGCAUUGAAAACAAAACGAAAACGUACAAGGGGAGUCCAUUUUAAUGAAGAUGAGCAGAUAAUUAAUCCCGAAGAUAUUGAUCCAUCAGUUGGUCGUUUCAGAAACCUAAUAAGGACUACUGUCAUACCAAAUAAAAAAUUCAAAGAUGGAAUGGGUUUUGCUAUUGACCAAAAUAGUGCUAAUGGUCAAAAUAAAAACUACAUGAAAAAUAUGAUUCCUGGUGCCCAUCUACAUAAUUCACUUUACAGUGAUAUUCCUGGUCCAGAUGGUGACAAUAAGCAACAUGGAUUUUUAUCAUCCAUUGGUAAUCGUCUUGGUAUGAAUUUACCAAACCCUGCGCCAGACGUUGAUAUUAACCCUAGUAUAGAAGAAAUAGCAGUUCCCAAUCCAGUCGUAUCUGAAAAAGUUGAACCCGCUUCAACAGAACCCAAAAAGAAAAAAUAUGCAAAAGAAGCAUGGCCUGGGAAAAAAAAUGCACCAGCAUUGCUUGUUUAAAGUAUUUAUACGUUUUUUUUUUUAUAACUUGUCCGUUUUUCAACAUACAGUUUGGAAAUUAAAUAUUUUUUAAUUAUUUACCAAUAACUCUUCUUAACAUUUUUACUUCUGUAAAAAUAAUUUGAAUUACUAUCUUACUGAAUAUUAGCUGUUUAUAACUAUAUAAGUAUAUAUGUUUGGAAUUAAUAAAAUGUGUAAUGUUGUAUAACUAUGUGAACUUUCUUG